CGCGUGGGGCAGAAUUUCGGCGCGAGAUUGUGUGUUAGCAGGAGCUUGUUUGUUGAUAAGGUAAGGCACUUAACACGUUUCUCUGCUGGUACUAUGGCCUCCACUGCUGAUAUUAAAGUGAAAGAGUUGGACAAGCGAGCCUCGGGCCAGGCCUUCGAGGUCAUUCUGGGGGAACCAACUCUGGAGGCAAAAAAUGAGUUCCUUCUUUCGCCCACCAAGAAAAAGGACUUGUCACUGGAGGAGAUUCAGAAGAAACUGAAAUCGGCUGAAGAAAGGCGCAAGUCCCAUGAGGCGAUGGUUCUGAAGCACCUGGCUGAAAAGCGUGAGCAUGAGAAGGAGGUGCAGCAGAAAGCUCUAGAGGAGAACAACAACUUCAGCAAAAUGGCCGAAGAAAAACUCAACCAGAAAAUGGAAGCUAAUAAAGAGAAUCGCACGGCGAUUAUGGCAGCCAUGAAUGAGAAGUUCAAAGAGAAGGAUAAGAAACUGGAGGAGGUCCGAAAGAACAAGGAGAACAGAGAGGUCGUAGGUGAAGCAGAGAAUUGAACUGUACAAUCAAUCAGGUUUUUUUUUUUAAACUCAAAGUAUAUUUUGUUUCUUCAGUAGUCACAAUUUGUGUUCCCUGUCCUUUUUUUGCUUCCCCAAGUGUGCUCUUCAGGAUCUGUAUUGUAGUUUGACUGCAUUGUCAAAUGAAUUUCAGUCAAGGCUUCUGAUAACUGCUGUAGAUCUGUUUGUUUGAAUGAAGUGUGUUCCUGUAAAUGUUCAUGUCCUUACUGUUACUGUUGAUAUACCUUGUACUCUUAAACGUGCCUCUGCGUCCGAGCGGUUUCUAGCACUUAACAAUCGUAGCACAGUUUCUGAGACCGCUCUGGGUUUUCAGUCACUGGUGUUUAUAGUUUGUUGUAGAAACUAGCCUAGUUCUUCUCGCUUUCGUUUUUGCUUCCAUGCAGUUGUAGGAUGAGCAGGGGCCAGUUUUUGUGAGCACAUGACUCCUUCUGACAUAAGGAACUAUCUUGGCUUUGGAAAAAGGAAAGGGCUCAGCUCAACCUGAAUGCAAGAAGCAGUACAUGUUUUCUCUAUGUGCUAAAUAAAAAAAACAUGUUUGAGACCA